GCCGCCUGCCCUGCAGACCCAGAGACAUUCAUUCAUCCAUACUUCCUUCUUCUCGCAGAGUAACCACACACAAGAGCACACACGCUGAUCCAGCAGAUAAUUAAGACAAGCCAAUCAUCCAUGGGUGCCGGGAUGAAGCGCGCGCGGGAGGACGAGCCCGUGUCUCUGGCGCUGGCGCUCAGCACGGACUCCACGUCCUCCACGACGUCGGAACACUCGUCCGGUGCGGCACCCAUGGCGGCCAGGAAGAGGGCGCGGCGGGGGAGGGUGGUGGCGACGUCCGGGGAGGGCGACUUCGUGUGCAAGACCUGCGGCCGCGCCUUCACGUCGUUCCAAGCGCUCGGCGGGCACCGGACCAGCCACCUCCGCGGCCGCCACGGGCUGGAGCUCGGCGUCGGCGUCGCCAGGGCCAUCGUGGAAAAGAAGCGGAGCGAGGACAAGCAUCAGGCGCACGAAUGCCACAUCUGCGGGCUCGGCUUCGAGACGGGCCAGGCGCUCGGGGGACACAUGAGGCGGCACCGCGACGAGAUGGCGCUCAGCGGUGAUAGCGCCGGUGUUGACCACCAGUGGGCCUGGCGCAGCGUCGGGUUGCCGGACCACGAGGUGGUGGGGCACGCUGCUGACCGACCGCCCCUCUUGCUCGAGCUGUUCCUCUAGCUAGCCGUAGCUGGAUCUAACAGUUUCUUAACAGAGAACCUGUACAUACAUGUCUUCGAAAUUAAUGAGAUAGGUUCACCUUGUAGUUAUGAUUUUUCGCGGCACCGCAAAGCUCUUGCUGGUUAGCAUUUUUACUUGUACUAUCAUUUGAUCAAGACAAUUUCAUUUGUUCA